AUGGCGGGGUGGCCGGGGACCUCGAGUUUCACUUCCUCGUCGUGGGGGACGCAGACGAACGCAGGAUCUUCUGCGUUUUCUGCGUCUUCGCUGUCUGUCGCGUCGCCUUUCUCAGGCGGCGCUUCCUCAGCCGCACAGAGCAAUCCGUUCGCUUCCUCGCAGUCAUUUUCAUCGCCCUUCUCGACAGGUCGCACUAACAUCUUCGGCUCCGCGGCGCCUUCUCCGAACGCCACGCCCUUCAACCCCUUCUCCGGCCAGUCUUCUUUGUCUGUCUUCGGCUCUUCAUCGACCUCUCCGUUCGGAAACGCACUUCUGGGGGGGAACGCUCCAACGACUUCCUUCUUCUCGUCUGCGCCCGCGGCCUCGCAGACGCAGGGUCAGGACGUGAACGGCGGAGCUCAGGCUCCCAAGUCGCAGGGGGAGAAGUACAUCGAAGCCUGGAAAAAUCUCGAGGCCGCCGCCAAGGGAGGCGUGUGGCCGUUCUCAGGCUUCGGAGUCGCCGACGGCGAGCAGCUUUUCACCGGUUUGGAUCUCUCUCCUGAAGAGCACCGCUUCCUCUUUCACCAGCGCAGCCCCGCGGAUUGGCCGGCUGUCUCCGAGCAGAUUCUGAGCAGCCAGCUGCAGCAGCUCGUCCAGUUCCACGCGGUCGUCCGCGAGAAGGCGCUGGCGGAGCGCCUGGCCUUCGAUGCCCCUCCCCCGACGGCGCACUUCUUCCACGCCUUCCUUGCUGGGCUCUCUCUUGCCGCUGGCGGAGCCGCGGCGCCCUCUGCGCAGCUCCAGCAGGCGACGCCCCCCCCUGCGCUCCAAGCGAGCGCCCCUUCGCUGUGUCCGCCAGUUGCUGCGCCGCCGGCCGCCGCGGGUUUCGGUCAGCUGGCGGGCGACAGCGGCGCGUGGGGCAGCGCUGGCCCCCAGGCCGGUCUCCAGGGCGACCACAACGCCGAGGCAGAGCGCGAAGCCAAGAGACGCGCCGCGUUCGCUGCGCCGCAGUUCGAGCCAGGAAAGAUUCCCGAUGUGGCGCCUCCGCCGGAGGUGUGCUGA